UUUGAAAGUUGUCAUUUAUUACCAUUUUAUGUCUGUUUGCAUAGCAUUUAAAUUGAAAACUGGCAGGCGAUAUGAAAACUCAGUCUCAACAAGCGUAUUACGAGAAAUAUUUAUUAAAACGUGCAGUCUGUCAUUUAGGAAAAAAAAGAGUAGAGGAAAACUGAAUUAUGUGACUGCCGAGUGUACAGAGAGCCGCUGGGCCGCAACGUAAUAUUAAGAUUCUGUUAAAUACUGUUCAGUGCUGCGUCUAGCACGUUUCUGCACAUAUGUAGGAAGAAACAUUUUAACGGGAGCGUUUAUUGGAAGCCGCGUUUUUGGCGUGUGUAUAGAAAAAAAGUGACUUCUGUUUCAAUUAUUGGUGUUGAAAACAAAGUAUUUCUUUCACUGAGAAAUGUACCUUUGCAGCAGAUGGUUAAAGACAAUUAAGAUGACAAUGUGUAAACAAUACGUAAGGCAAAUCGAAUAAAAAAUGAAGGCUAAAUCUCCAACAAAAUUUAUACAGACCUGUGUAUACCAGCUAUUGAAGUAUGAGCUUAAUACUACAGCUUUUAAAUUCAGUCAUGCCUUCACAUUCUCGUAUUUUCAACCAUUUUGAAUGGGCCCAAGACCAGGUGACAACUCUUGGCAACUUCAAGAUGAAGUGCAAGCACUGCAGUAGAGAGGUGUCAGGCUCAUACAAGGCAACCUCCAAUUUCUUCACACACAUGAAGAGACACCAUGCAGAUAUUCACCAGGUGCUGAAGGAGCCUCUUCUUGCAGAAACAACUAAGGUUAAGCCAACUGUCCAUCGUUAUGUGAAUCCUCAGCAAGCUGCGUGGAAACCAACUGAUCCUCGGCAGCAAGUACUUACAGAUAGUCUGGUGAACUUCCUUACCCAUUCUCUGCAGCCUUUAUCACGUGUGGAGGAUCCUUCUUUUAAAACUUUGCUAAAGUUAGCUCAACCUUCAUUUGUUCUUCCAACUCAGAAGCAGCUGAGCUGUGUUCUUCUGCCUGCAAAGACAACUAGCCUUCAUGUUACAAUUAGUUCUCAGCUGGCAAAGAUUCAGGGUCUUUGUGUGACAGUGAGUAUAUGGUCUAGCAAAGAUACACCUUCUUUUCUUGGUAUUACUGGUCACUAUAUUCACAAUUUUAAAAUUAAGCAUGUCAUGCUUGCUUUUAAAAGAAUUGACAGUUCAGCUAAUGCAGAAAGUAUUGUUUUGUUUUACCAGCAAGUGUUAUGUAGGUUUGGAAUAGAGGACAAAGUUGUCAUUGUUGUAGUUAAUCAUGCCUCCCGCAAACUGAGUGUUACACUUCCUGGUUUGGAACAACAAUAUGCUUAUGAAAAUGACAAUAGUGCUGAAUUUGAUACAAAUGUUGAUCUUACUUACUUGCCUCAGAGCCUUAACUGCUUUUCUCACACACUUCACCUGGUUGUGCAAGAUGGGUUAAAACAUGCUGGAGAGAUGUCUGGAAUUAUAAGCAAAGCUAACAGUGUUGUCAAUUAUUUGAAUCAAUUGAGCUUAGAAUCUGGAAACUGUGAAGGAGAAAGUAAGAAGCAAUGUCCUGAUGCAGUUAGAUGGAAUAGCCAAUUGAAGAUGCUCAGAUCCAUCCUUAAGACGAAUCAGUCCGAUUUAGAACAGUUUGAAAUUCCUGAUAAACUCACAAUGUAUGAAUUAAAUAUUAUCAAAGAUAUUGUUGAAAUCCUUAGCCCUUUUGAACUUGCUGCUGACCAAACUGAAAAAGACUCCCAAGUUACUGCUAGUUGCAUCCUACCUUGUAUACGUGGCCUUCGUGCCGAAAUGGAUGAAUUGUCAAACACCUACAAAUCCCAAAUGGUUUCAACACUUAAAGCCUCUAUUAACUGCCAUUUGACUAAAUAUGAACAUGAAGAAGCCUUUACUCUGGCAGCUGCUCUGGAUCCACGUUGGAAACUUGACUGGUGUACUGUUGAAGAAGCCAGUAACAUUAAGCAAAUUUUGACCAACAAGGUUUCAGCUUUGGCCAUGACAAUUACAGAAACUUCAACAGCAGAUGAGUUGUCUUCUCCUCCAAAAAAGCGUUCAAGUUUAUUCAGAUUUAUGGCAUCAGAUUCCCACCGACUUCAGUUUCCCACUGCCACUGCUACACUUUCUCAGGUUGAAAGCUAUUUCAGUCAGCCAAGUAUUCCAGAGGAUGCGGACCCGUUGGCAUUUUGGGAGCAACAUCAAGUGACACUUCCUCAGCUUGCUCAGCUGGCAUCCAUGUAUCUUCCAACUCCAGCUUCGUCUGCCCCAGUGGAUCAUUUAUUUUCAGUUGAUUGUAAAGCUUUUCAGCCUGAGAAAUAUUCUUUCUCAAAUGCAAUGUUCGAGGAACUUAUGUUUAUCAGAUGCAAUGGUCAGUUGAAUUGUUAAUUAAAAUAGUUACCACGUGUGUACAUUGAUAAGGUGAAAACUGACAUAUGGAUAGACUGAUAUCCCAUCUCCUGAAGAGUGAAACCGUUCUUUCAUCUUGAUAAGCUGCAUAUUGCUAACAUAAUUAAACUCUGGUAAUGGUUAACACAGCCAGUCAUUUUUAUGUCAAUUACAUAUGAAUCUCUGACAGAUUCAUAUUAUUUGUAUUUAUGUGAUUGACUGUUCUUUUUGGUGGUGGAAAUAAGCAGCUGGUCAAGUUUUAUUGGACAGUCUGCAUGAAGAAUUGAGAAGUGCUGAACUACACCAUGUGGUAUUUUUUUCUCUGUAGUAAUGAACUUUCUUUAUCAUCUAUAAUCAAUUCUCUGACUCGGUGGUGGCAAACAGGGUUUGAGUUGGGUGCCUGCUUGAGUUUUAUUGGGCAGUGAGUAUGCUACAAUUGGAGCGCUUCAAAUAUGAAAUAAGGCUUUCUCCAGUUUUACUGUAUUUUUCUUUUGUUUUAUAUACAUCUUAGUGAUUUAUUGUCUCUGUUGCCUUUGGUCAUGUGCAGUGUUCAUUGGGGUGGUGGCUGCUUGAGUUUUAUUGAGCAGUAUCACUGCUCAACUGUAAGACAUUACAGUCUGGGAGUCAGUUUUUGUUUUAUUUUUCUUAAGAUUAUUAAUAUUCUUGAAUGUUCUUCAGUGUCUGCUGUGAUUACCUACAGUAUGUGUUUUAAAUUUGGACAUAUUGCAGCAUUUGAAGCUGUCAGGCCAUUUCUCUGAUGUAUGAAAUUUCAGUAGAGUAUUUACAGUAUUGCUUUAGAAAAUAAAUGCAUAAUUAGCAGUUGUUUUCGGAAAGUUCAAAAUAAACUAUUUUAUGAUAAAAAA